ACCGGAUGUGUUGGUCAUGUAUUUGACAGAGGACACACGGUCCUGUUAGACGGUGUGUGGUGGUGACUUAUUGCUGUCUAUGAAAAAAAGUUAAAUGGCGGGCAGCAGACUAGAGAAGCUAGGAACCGUAUUCACCCGGGUUCGAGAUCUGAUGCGCUCUGGGGUCAUAAAGCCGUCGGAGAAACCCAUCUGGUAUGAUGUAUACCAGGCUUUUCCACCAAAGAGGGACCCCCUGUACGUGAAGCCACACACCAGAGCCACUGUCAAGAAAAAGGAAACUGUGCCUGAAAUCUUUUACAGAGAGGAUGAAGUUAGAGCGAAGUUCUAUGAGCAGUAUGGAGGGGGUUCUCGGACUUUUGAUCUCUCCAAAUCAAACUUUGUUUCUACGUGUCAGAGGUUUGUCGACAAGUACACAGAAUUAAAGAGCCACAGCGAUCUGGAUGAGUCUGCUCUCUUUGAGGAAACUGGGAAGCGUUUACUCGCAGAGGGCAUCGUGUUGAGAAGGAGAGGAGCUCCUCCUGUGUCAGCAGAGUCCAGGGAUCCAGUGCUGGAGCUGAAGCUGACAGACAUGUUGGCAGAGCAGCAGUCGGUCGGGGCAGACAGCAAGGAGACAGAGGACCAAACAACGCAAACGCACACACCUUAGACCUCAGCAAAUCAAGAGCCAUUGGUUGAGCUGCAGAUUCUCCACACAAGAGAAGCUGUGCUUCUGUUUUUGCUCCCUCUUUGGAAGUGAUGGACAUCUGUAGAAAACUGCUUUGUUACAACCACCAAGUCAGACAGACAGAGAUCUACUUUCUGGACUGACUGAAUGUCAGCUAAGACUGAUGUAAAUUCUCACAUCAUCGCUGCACCGCUAACAGGCUGUCCACAUUAAGGGUCCAAAAGAGCCACAAACCCUGAGUCUAUAUUGCUGCACUGCAUGGACACAAAAACAUCUGGAUCCAAACAUCCCAAAAAAAUCAGUUUGGACUCAACACAGGCAAAACAAAACAGGCAGAACAUUAAGAUAGUAAGAGUGUAAUAAAAAUUAAUAAAAAAUAAAGAAAUA